CAGAUGCCAUGUUCACAUUUGUCAGUGGACACAUUGUACGUACGGAGUGAAGUCACAGACAAUGCAAGCCCUCGAGUGGCUGUUGCUCUGCUUCUCUCUGAUACAAGGGCUUCAUGGACAAGCUGUUGUCACCCCUGCUCCCCCACAGAUUGGCACGGCUACCGCAAAAUUUGAUGCUGCCUGCAAGGAUGCGCUAGAGAACUGCGCGGGUUUCGGUUCUGAUGCCUGCAAAGGGCUGUACGAGGCGUGGGCACGUGACAACUGCGCCCUGACCUGCGGGUACUGCGUGGGGCCUCCAACAACCCCACCUCCAUGUGUUGAUGUUUUGAACAACUGUGAGAGUUACGACCCGUCAACCUGUACGAAUCAGAGUUACAGCGGCUGGGCCAAGGCUAACUGUCGCCGCACCUGUCGCUUAUGCCCAGCUGAAGUCUUGGCCGCGCUGGAUGCUCACACCACAACCCUGUCACCAGACAAAUGUGUGGACAAAGUGGAUUGCCGUCUCUACACUCUCAGUGCAUGCAGCGACAGCUACAAGGCGUGGGCCAAAGACAACUGUCCGAACUUCUGUGGAUUUUGUGUUGGACUUCCUACACCUCCGGCACAAUGUGCAGAUUCCUUACCCAACUGCGAUUCCUAUGAAAAGGCCAUGUGUAGUGCCCCAGAGUACAAAAUAUGGGCAGAAGAAAACUGCAGAAAGACUUGCAACUUUUGCACUGGGGGCGGUCCAAUCGUCACACACCCGACUCUACCGCCAGCAACAACACUACCAAAACUAACUCCACCUCAUCUUAUUCUGACGCCUCCUCCUUUGCCUCCAGGAAGGAAAUAAGAAUACAGCCAACCUGGGAGAUGGACCCUCUGCAGAUAUCUGUCAAUAGGCUUAAGAUUAUAAACGUAAUUUGAUUAAAGAACAUAUCAAUUACAAUUACAACCAAAA